AUGGAGGCCGCUCCGCGACUCCAAAUGCUGUGUUUCGAACAGAAGCUCAGUUCAAAAGUUUCGGAUUUCAGCCAUCCUUUCAAAAAGUUCAUCGCUACAUUUUACAAUGAGGAUCCGAACAAGUAUUCGAAAGCCAUAUUCGAUUUGGAACAACUCAGAACGGCCGCUUGCAAAGCCUCUAAGGAUUUCCAAGGUAUUCAAACCUUGAGAAGAUACUACUCACAACUGCGGUUGCAACAAAAUCGUUUCCCGAUGACCGAUGAUGGAGCCGCUUGCGUCGCAUUCAUGUGGUCAGAUCUCUACUCGGGCGUGAUGUUUAACAUUGCCGAUGUGAAGUACGAGCUUUCGUCGAUUCUCUACAAUAUCGGAGCCCUCCAUUCGCAACUCGGAGCGAUAGAGGAUCGAACGUCAGCCGAAGGCAUGAAAAACGCGUGUACUCACUUCCAAGCAGCUGCGUGGGCGUUCCAACACAAUCGAGACACCUAUCCGCAACCGAAGGGCUGCGACCUGUCACAUGAUCUACUGACAUUUUACUCGUUGGUAAUGCUGGCCCAAUCACAAGAGUGUAUCCUGGAAAAAUCUAUGCUUGACAACCGCAAAAGUGGGAUCUCCGCAAAAAUUGCGUCUCAAAUAGUUGACUUUUACACGAAGUCGAUCAACAAUCUGAGCUCUGACGUGAAAUCGAUUGUCGGGUCAAAGAUUUUUCAGCAAUGGAAACGCAUUUGCGAAAUGAAGGCUUCGUACUACGGUGCCUUGACAGCGCUGUAUAUGGGAAUGACGGCUGAAGAGGAUAACCAAUAUGGACUCAGGGUGGCGUGGUACAAAUUGGCCAUGGAACGUUUCGAGGAGAGUCUUCGCGCGGCGGAAGACCUCGGAAUCGAAGAGACGUUGGCAUUCACUCGUGACGUGAUCGGCGGGAAAUUAAAUGUCGGCGUGCGCGAAAACGAUUUCGUCUACCACGACAAGGUCCCGAAUGCAGAUAGCUUGCCAGAGGUUAAGGGAGCCGUCCUGGUCAAGGGAACUCCCUUCGACCCCAACGAUCCUGAGGUUUGCGGACCGGACCUUUUCGCCACAUUGAUCCCAAUGGCUGCUCACGAAGCAUCCUCUGUAUACUCGGAGCAGAAGGCACAGCUUCUUCGUCGGCUAUCGAAGGUCAUAGAGGAUAAGAACGCAGAUCUAGCCUCGUAUGAAAGCAGUCUCAAUAUAUCCAAGAAAGACUUGUUCGAGAUGAUGAAAAAACCCGUGCUGCCGCCGGACAUCAUCGAAGUCUGCGCUCAGUUCAGCACCAAUAGGCUCUCCAUAUCCGCCAUCAACAGUCAGCUCGCGCAAAUUGAUGCCAUGUCGGACGAGGUCGGAAGAUAUUUGAGUGAAGCGGAACAGCUGAUCGCGAUGUCGAAUCCGGCAAGCGUGACGUCGAACGUGGUGGCCGAUCUCAGAGCCGAAUUGAACAAAUACAAGGAGAUCCGAACUCACUCGGCCAACAAUAACGAAACAUUGAGAGAGGCCCUUGAAGCUCACGACGAUCAUCUGGCCCUUCUCCAGUUGGCUCCUGAGACUCUCGAACAGAAACUCCCUCAUGUCAUAAGCGCCACUAAAGAAGACGAGAAAGUAAUUUUAGAAUUCAUCAAACUCCUGGACAAGCUCGAAGAGAUGAAGCAACAGCGGGAGAGGUUAUUCUCUGAGCUGAGAGAUGCCCUUAUAAACGAUGACAUCACGAAACUCAUCGUGGCGAACGCUCAAGAGGAUCUCAACGAAGUCUUCGAGAGAGCCCUCGCGAAACACAAGCUAGCGAUAGCAGUACUCGAGAAAAAUCUCCUGGCUCAGGACAACAUAUUGAAAGCAGUUUCGCAAGCGAAUGCGAACACCGCGGAGAUCCGAAUGAAUUUAGAACAAGCCAGAAGACCAUGGACUACAUCCAUCGAAAACUUGCGAGCGGCAUACAAGUCGUUCGAAGAAGUUGAGAGGCAAGCCACUAAGGGCACCGAUUUCUACGGGAUUUUCGUCAACGAUGUGAGGCGACUUGCGACUCGACUCCGGAGCGUUGUCCAAGUUGAGAAGGAGCAGGAAGAGAAGCUGCGAGCUCGGCAAGCGGAAUUGGCUCGGCCUCCAGUUUUCAAGCCCGAAUCCAACCCUGCUUUCGUGUCAAGACCUCCGAAUAUACCACCGACUGCUCAGGCUCAGAACGCGCAGCCUCCGAAACUCAAAGAUUAUCUGGCCAUGAUGAACAACGCCAAAAAGAACGAAUACGUUCCGCGGGCGAUGCCCGGAUCUACCGGGAUUUCCCAGAGUCCCAUGCGACCCUCGGUAGCGAUGAGCUCGAUGGGAGAAUCGACGUCCUUGACUGGCAACACACAACCGCCUCAGAUGAGCUUACCAGCCCCAGGGAGUGCUAUGCCGCCGCAAACUCCAUCUCCGGCAGUCCUACCUCCAGGAGCUCGGAUUGUUCCCGAAGCGUCAAAUCCGACCCAGUCCCCUGCGGCUUCCUCCAACGACGCGAAACACCCGAGAAGCUCUCUGAACGUUGUCGUCCCUGGAGCGCGACCUUCUCCAUCGUCACCCGCUGCUGCACAAUCGAAUCAAGGUUACAGUGCUUACAAUGUCGAGAGCCUCGGGGGCUAUGGCCAGCCGGCUUACCAAGGGUACGCGCCCUACGCCCACUUGUACUCGGCCAACACCACCAGCUCGAACGCUGCCCCCAGACCGAGUAACGAUCCCAACAGCUCAUCGAACGCCCAACCCAUUCAGACAUCGGUGAAUGCUUACUCUUACGCCCAAUCUCCUCAGCAGCAGCAGCAGCAACAGUAUCAGACCGGAUAUCAAUACGGCCACGCAGGGGUGCCCGGUGCCCUGGGAAAUCCAAACGCGCCUCUCGAGCGCAAUAUGCCAAGUGCGGGUGUCGCAGCCCCUGCUCCGGACUCGGCGACGUCGAACAUCAGUACCGCAGUCCAAAACCACCCAAUGAGCCAAGCCCAAUACUAUGGGAACACUCAAGGGGGGGUCGCCGGCUGCCUCACGAACGUGUACAAAUGGAAUGGAUAUGAUUUCCCAACCGCAUCGCCCACGGCCAGCGCCAGCUUUGUUAUGACUAGCGGAAUGUUCAACAGUACUGUGACGAGUUCAAAUACUCUUCACAAAAGUCAGAACCCCUACGCUCAGUGCCAACAGAUGGGCACCACCCAGCAGUACCAAGGAUAUGCCGUAUCUUCUCAAGCAAGCAGUGUUCCUGGCGGAGCUACCAGCUACGUCUACCCAACUUCCGCAUCGACUGCCGUUUCAGUCGUUUCGACCUCUUCGAUGGGCACAGUCUCGACUGCAGCGAUCCAAGCCCAAGGACCAAACUCGAGGCUCUCCGCUCCGAAUGCUCUCCCCGCGGCUCCGAACAACACCCUUCCGACGAGCGCAACCAUCGGCGGGGGGACCUACAAUGCUGCACCGAACGUGGCAUUCCAAGCGCAUGCGACUCCAAUCCAGGGUCCGGUUGCGCCAAACAGCAACCCUCCCCUUCAAUAUCUGCCAGCCUCCACCUGCGGGAGUGUUCCUAACAACACCUAUAGUGUCGCCUCGAUGGGAGUAGCGCCGAUGCCCGGACAAAAUUUUCCAACGACGUCCGCGAGCACCGUGCCUGCAGCUGUCAAUCCGACGAGUCAGACCGGUCAAGGAGCGAAGAGUCUAUUGGAUGAGAGCCCGGCGCUUCCUAUGCCUUCCGAAGGUCAAAUUAUUCAGGACAUUCUUCAGCCCGUUGUACUACCCAUCGCUGCGGCCAAAAGCGCCGAAUAUGGGACUCUCAACGCUGAGACCCCAAAGGAGCCGGAGGAUAGGAAACCAGAGACGUCCGCCUCACUUAGCACCAAGACAGCAGAUGCCAACGAGAAGUCGACCGAGGGAAUCUGUGAUUCGAAGCCAGAAAGAUCUCUGGAUGAUCCGAGGACGUUGCAGAAUUUCCGGAACCUAUUCGACCAGCUCGAUGAUUACACAAGGACUUUCAACCUGGAAAAUCGCUGGAAAGAAUUUCUGGACCUUCAGGAGACAGAAGCGCGAGCGCUCAAAAUUUCCGUUGGUAGGAUCUGUUCGAUGAAGAACCGCUUCCCUGACAUCAUGCCGUACGAUUACAACCGAGUCGUAUUGAGCACAACGAAAGAUGACUACAUCAACGCCUCCUUUUUGAAAUCAACACCUUCAACGAACGAGCCAAAUUGUAUCUUGACCCAAGCACCGAUUCCUUCAACAUUGGAAGAUUUCUGGGCCAUGGUCUGGGAACAAAGUGCAGAAACGAUGCUCUCUCUCUCAUCUUUCCAAGAGUUGUCAUCGCAACUCUUCUUCCCCUCUGAGAAGGGAACAACCCAAAGUUACGGUCACUAUCAGGUGUCGGUGCAGUCGUAUACAGAGAAGGAGUGCGGGCUAUUCACUGAAAGACUCCUCAGUGUAUCCGGUCCUCAGGGACCGGCUAAGAACCUCAUUCUUCUCCACCUAAAUGAAUGGACGAGGGACGUGUCCAAGCUGGCUCUCUUUGGGAAACAAGUUCUCUACUACUACAACAGCCAAAAACGGAAAGAGAGCCCGGUGAUCAUACAGUGUCUCGGAGGCUGCGGCCGCUCUGGGCUAAUUGCGUUCUGCCUCAAAUGGUUGUCGAAUCUGGAGGAAGCUCGACUUCUCCCGAUCACGUCCCUCCUCGCAGAUCUCGUCCGAGGGAGGAAAUUAGUUCUUUUGGAGAAAGACCAGUUGAAAACGUGCGUCGAGCUCGCACAUUUCACGACCCGUUCGCUUCUGGUGGAAAGAGGCUGCAUCGAGCAGAUCAGCGAAAAGUCUACCGAAAUGGAAGAGAUCCACUACAAAGAGAAGAACGGCGAGAAGCUAACGGUCGAAGAGAGACUUAUACAGGACUUGAUGGCUGGCUUCCAGGUGAAAACGAAAAUCACGAAAGAGAGUUUCGAGAAACCUCGGGGCUUGGAAUCGUCAGCCGGUGAUCCAAGCGAUCCUCUGAGUCAGUUGGAUCCGCUUUGGAGCUUGAAGAAAUGA